UUCAGACCAUGUUAAAGGCAAAGUUGAGUGUCCUAACUCUUCGGAAGGAGCCUCUCCCAACAGUGAUCUUCCAUGAACCAGAAGCCAUUGAGCUGUGCACCACAACUCCCCUCAUGAAGACCCGAACUCACACUGGAUGCAAGGUUACAUAUUUGGGUAAGGUUUCCACAACAGGGAUGCAGUUUUUGUCGGGCUGCACAGAGAAACCAGUCAUUGAAUUGUGGAAGAAGCACAUGCUUGCCAGGGAGGAUCUUUACCCAGCUAAUGCCCUUCUGGAAAUUCGCCCUUUCCAGGUCUGGCUGCAUCAUCUGGACCUCAAAGGCGAGGCGACAGUCCACAUGGAUACCUUCCAGGUAGCACGUAUAGCUUACUGCACUGCUGACCACAACGUCAGCCCAAACAUCUUUGCGUGGGUCUAUCGGGAGAUCAACGAUGACUUGUCCUACCAGAUGGACUGCCAUGCUGUGGAGUGCGAGAGCAAGCUGGAGGCCAAGAAGCUGGCCCAUGCCAUGAUGGAGGCCUUUAAGAAGACUUUUCACAGCAUGAAAAGCGAUGGCCGGAUCCACAGGAACAGCUCGUCGGAGGAAGUGUCUCAUGGGUUUGAAUCUGACGAUGGCUGA